ACUUCCCAGGCGAGAGCAGCUGGGGCACAGGGGCAUCGCCCAGGAGGGCUGGUGAGUCUUUAAACCGCUGCUGGCUGCUUAGUCACAGCCCCUCGCUUGGGUGUGUCCUUCGCUCGCUCCCUCCCUCUUAGGUCACUCCUAUCCUCAAAAUCUGCCGCCAACUUCCGAGGCGGCCUCAUUGCCCAGCGGCCACCAGCCUCGGACAGGUCUGGUCCGCCUUCCUCGCCCCGUCCUCUCGUGUCCCCCCGCGUCGGGACCCUCCAGCUCCACACGCUUGCACUCUGGGUUCACUGGACACCAUGGACAAGUUCUGGUGGCGCGCAGCCUGGGGACUGUGCCUCGUGCAGCUGAGCCUGGCCCAAGUCCAGAUCGAUUUGAACAUCACAUGCCGCUAUGCAGGUGUGUUCCACGUGGAGAAAAAUGGACGCUACAGCAUCUCUCGGACAGAGGCAGCUGACCUCUGCAAGGCUUUCAACACCACCCUGCCCACCAUGGCCCAGAUGGAGGUGGCUCUCAGCAAGGGCUUUGAGACCUGCAGGUACGGGUUCAUAGAAGGGCAUGUGGUGAUCCCCCGGAUCACCCCUAACGCCAUCUGUGCAGCCAACAACACAGGGGUAUACAUCCUCCCAUCCAACACCUCCCACUACGACACAUACUGCUUCAACGCAUCAGCUCCCCUCGAUGAAGAAGAUUGUACAUCAGUUACAGACCUGCCCAAUUCCUUUGAAGGACAAGUUACUAUAAGUAUUGUCAACCGUGAUGGCACCCGCUACAGCAAGACAGGAGAAUACAGAACAAACCCAGAAGACAUCAACCCCAUCAACCCUUUGGACGAGGAUGUGAGCAGUGGGUCCUCCAGUGAAAGGAGCACUUUGGGAGGUUACACCAUCUUCCACACCCACCUUCCAACCGCACACCCGACCUCUGAUCUGCCGAACACUGGAACCUACGGGAGUACCAUUACCUCAAACAGCCAUGCAGCAGCUCAGCAGCAAAGUAAUUGGAUAUGGUCCUGGUUUGGUAAUUCACAGCCUCAGACUCAGGCUCUCACGACAACAGCGACGACAGCUUUGAUGAGCACUAGUGGUGCAACUCUGGAAACAGCAACCAAGAGGCAAGAAACCCGGGACUGGUUUUCAUGGUUGUUUCAACCAUCAAAGUCCGAGAGUCAUCUUCCCACAACAACAAAAAUGGCUGGUACGGAUUCAAAUACCAUGUCAACAGGCUGGGCGCCCAGUGAAGAAAAUGAAGAGGACAUAGACAAACAUCUCAGUUUUUCUGGAUCAGGCAUUGAUGAUGAUGAAGAUUUUAUCUCCAGUACCAUUUCAACAGCUCCACGAGUUUCUGACCACACAAAACAGUUCCAGGAUUGGAUCCAGUGGAAGCCAAGCCAUUCAAGCACCGAAGCACUACUUCAGACAACCACAAGGAUGACUGAUAUAGACAGAAAUGACACCAUUUCUGGAGAAAACUGGACCCAGGAUGCACAGCCUCCUCUCAUUCACCAUGAGCAUCAGGAUGAAGAGGAGACCCCACAUUCUACAAGCACAACCUGGGCAGCUCCUAGUAGCACAACAGGAGAAACAGCUACCCAGAAAGAACAGUGGUUUGACAGAGGAUGGCAUGGGGAAUAUCUCCAAACACCAAGAGAAGACUCUGACUCAACAGCAGGGACAACUGUCUCAGCCCACAACAGCCAUCCCAGUCAAAGAAUGACAACACAGAGUCAAGAGGACAUUUCCUGGACUGAGUUCUUCGACCCAAUCUCACAUCCAAUGAGAAGAGAUCCUCAGACAGAAAGGAUAGAUUUGGACACCAGUCAUAGUACAUCAGUUCAGCCUACUGCAGAUCCAAACACAGAUUUGGUGGAAGACUCGGACAGGAAAAGACCUCUUUCAGUGACAACUCAGCAGAGUGAUUCUCAGAGCUUCUCUACAUCGCAUGGAGAAAUGGAAGAAGAUAAAGGCCAUCCAACAACUUCUACUCUGACAUCUGGCAAUAGACAUCCUGCCGGAGGGGGCAGAAGAGGUGGAACUAUUUCCGAAGACUCAACUACUUCCCUGGAAGGUUAUACCCCUCAUUAUCCAGACACAAAAGAAAACAGGACCCUCAUCCCAGUGACCCCUGCUAAUACUGGGGCCGUUGGAAAAACUGAAGUUACUGUUUUUGGAGAGCCUAACUCUGAUGUUGAUCACUCCUUACCAGGAGAUCAAGACACAUUCAUAGACCCCAACGAACGCUCCCAUACUACUAGUGAUUCGAAAUCUGAUGGACACUCAAGUGGGACUCGAAGUGGGGCAAGCACGGCCUCUCCUCCUGAAAGGAGACCCCAGAUUCCAGAAUGGCUCAUCAUCUUGGCAUCUCUCUUGGCCCUGGCUUUGAUUCUUGCUGUUUGCAUCGCUGUCAACAGUCGGAGAAGGUGUGGGCAGAAGAAAAAGCUGGUGAUCAACAAUGGCAAUGGAGCGGUGGAGGACAGAAAGCCAAGUGGACUCAAUGGAGAGGCCAGCAAGUCUCAGGAAAUGGUGCAUUUGGUGAACAAGGAACCAUCAGAGACCCCAGACCAGUUUAUGACAGCUGACGAGACACGGAACCUGCAAAAUGUGGACAUGAAGAUUGGGGUGUAAGAUUUACACCAUUAUCUUGGAAAAAAACCCCACAGUUGGAGACACAACCAUUACAGGGACCUGGGACACUUAACAGAUGCAAUGUGCUACUGAUUGUUUUAUUGGGGAUCAUUUUUUAGCAUAAAUUUUUCUAUUCCUUUUUGUUUUUGUGUUUUUUUUUUUUAAAGUCAGGUCCAGUUGAUAAAAACAGCAUUGCUUUUUGAAACGAGAGUCCACCCCCCACCCAAGCCCCACCUGCCAGGUAACAGCCACCAGCCAAGGACAUUCCUGGGACCAGGAAGGAUUGGUUCCUGGGGCCAGGAAGGAUUGGUUCCUGGGGCCAGGAAGGAUUGGUUCCUGGGAGGAAAUUUGAAUGGGUCCAUAUUGCUUCUCCAGUAGCCUAAUCCUGGGUCAUUGGUUUCCAGUGGGGCAGGAGAUUGCGGUGUUCCAGGUGCACAUCCUCUCUUACAGAUGCCCUGGAAGUUUAUGUGUUGCUUCGGGGAGAAACCCAAAGGGUGAAGCUAUUUAUCUGUAGUAAGCUAUUUAUCUGUGUUUUUGAAAUAUUAAACCCUGAACAUCCUUCGAUGAGUAUGACUUUUUUCCCAGAUUACUUUGUCAAAGGAACAAAAGGGUUUAAGCUAAUUCGCAAUAAACAUCUAUACUUUUUCCAUCUUAACCCUUUGUGCUGUGAUCUUUCACUUUCUAAACUGCAGGGUCCAGAUCUCGAUAGCUCUUCAUGAAGAGCUGAGAAUAGUCCCCUAAACUCAGCUCAUAGGCCCCCUUUCCCCCACUCUGCUAAAUUGCCUAGAAGAUCAAGGAAGACAGCACUAUUUUGUUUCUAAAGAGGUCUAAAGGCUUACUCUGCUUUUCUGGAAUCAGAACUGUGAGCAGAAGAGCUCCUGCCAUUUUUCCAUUUCAGUAGCCACCUCUCUCUCCCCUGAAAGGCUUUGAAAAGCCACAUUUCAUGUGCAUGACCCAUCAUUUGUGGAGUCCCAUUUUGCAGAUGCUCAUUCUCUUAGUGAUUUCCAAAAAUAACAGGCAAAUGCCUUUUGACAUUUUGUUUUAAAAAGAGAAGCCAACAGAAAUGAAAGAAGAGUCGGGGCCAACUGAUUAGCACAAGCUGGUGAGGUGGAAUGCUGUGUAAAUCCUGUUUGACUAUGUUUAUGGCUGUAUUUGUUUAUCCUUCGACAUUGUCUGUAUGCACUUGCCCCUCCAGAUGAGUUAAGCAUGUGGGGAAUCCCAAGUUAUAGGCUUCCCACUAUUGGAAUCUUAUCGCAAGAUGAGCAGGUUUAUGGCUAAAUGAAUGAAUAGGCUCUUUGUUCUGACCUCAUGUUUUUUCCGAGUUAACAAGUUUUCCAUGACAUUUCUUCAUCAGUCAGGCUUUCCCAUUGGUCCUGGAAUUCCCAAAGACUACUUGUAAUCAUACAGACUGAAUCUGUACAGUUAAAGGGUUCUGUAAACUGGGAUCUGAUUUCCUCAGACCUCCAGAAAAGUCACUUGUUGCCUGAACUGAUAUGCUUAAUUGGGAAUGUUUCUUAAAUAACAAAAGAAGAAGGAAAACAACUUCCAAUUUAGAUCAGUGGUGGGUUAAUACAGAGAUUUUUUUUUUUUUUUUUUUAGCCAUGACACUAGGACAAUUUGAUUAUGCAUCUUUCCUGCCAGUGACUUGGCAGGUGACCUGAGCUAAGUCCUUACACAGGGUCUUAUUUAUAAAAGUAAGAGGCCAGCAUUUAUUUUGCAAAGCACCCUAAGAGCUUAACAUGUACAUUUUCCUGCAACUAUAAAUCUUUCUUGUCUCCUGAGGGCUUUCUUUAAAUUAACUCUGGGUAAAAAUUUGAAGGAUGCCAAAGAUACUUUCAAUAAUACAUUUUACAGAUUCUAGCCUGAUAAAAUGGAUUUUUCCAACAGAACCUCUCAAAAAGUUUUCCAUUGAGAUCCAUUGCACCAAGAACCACUUUUUUAGCCAACAUUUAUUUAAUCCUGUUACUGCAGAAUAGAAGAAAUAUCCAACUCUUCUGGAAGAGUAAAAUAUACUUAGGAACAGGAAUAACAUGACCCAAACUGGCACACCUAUAAUCCCAGGACUUUGGGGUGGGGGGAGCAGAAGCAGAAGGCUCACAAGUUCAAGCA